UCAGAGCUUGCUAAACGAUGUGAACAGUAUCUGCUCGAUCAUUUUUUUCUGUCGCUUUCUUCACGAUUCCCUUUGUUUUUCUGUGUGCUGUUUUUUCUUGGCGUGGCUUAGUCGAUCGUCGGCGUCGUGUCUCUCCCGGUGUCUGUUCCGGGAAGCGCGAUACCGAGCCGUGCGAUGAUGGAGGACUUUGAUGAGAUCUACGAAGAGGAGGAGGAAGAAGAAGAGGACGAGGACAGGGCCGCAGAAGAGCAGCUCCUCAAGUAUGCUCCGGACCCGGUGGUGGUGCGAGGGUCCGGCCACGUCACUGUGUUUGGGCUUAGCAACAAAUUUGAGUCCGAAUUUCCUUCGGCACUUACAGGAAAAGUGGCACCAGAGGAAUUCAAAGCCAGCAUAAACCGUGUGAACAGUUGUCUGAGGAAAACGCUGCCGGUAAACGUUCGGUGGCUUCUGUGCGGCUGCCUGUGCUGCUGCUGCACAUUGGGUUUUAGUUUGUGGCCUGUCAUCUGCCUCAGCAAGAGGACAAUAAGAUCUUUAGAGAAACUCUUGGAGUGGGAAAACAGCAGACUUUACCACAAGUUGUGUUUGCACUGGAGACUAAGCAAAAGGAAGUGUGAGACCAACAACAUGAUGGAAUAUGUAAUCCUGAUAGAGUUCCUACCUAAGAUCCCCAUAUUCAGACCGGACUAGCUAGACUGCAGCUGGUCUCUGCUGUUGCCCAACUCUGUCACAGAACCUCGAUGGCUGUCAGACUUCUAACUACCUUCACCAGAAUACUGCAGUAUUUUUGUUUACAGGAUGGCAUCCUCCUAUUCUCAGACUUAUUCCCCCACACUUAACCAAUCUACUCCCUCGUUUACAACUCCAGCCCACACUUUUUGUUUUGGCCUGAAAUCACUAUUGAACUAUGAACUGUCAGGCACGCUGGCGCACGGUCGGGCCAAGCGAACCGACACCAGCCUGUGGGAUGUCAGAGGAGAACCAGCCAUGGGCAGCAUUCUUAACUUUGCAGACCGGACUCUGGAUCUGUGAGCUACAACUGGAAGUUUGUCACUUGUGUGUUACCUAAAUGAAGCACAUGGCACAGUCAUGACAAAAGGAACACGUUCAUAAUGUUAACUGCUGUCACACCAUCAACUUCACCUGCAAAAAAGAAAACUACACACCCCAGUGCUUUUGUAACAGUUUGUUUGUUUCUGUGAAAGUCCAAAAAAUGUUCACCCAGAUUAACUUUGCUGAGGGACUUGUGGACAAACAGCUGAACUAGUCACUAGUCAUCUAUAUCCGCUUGCCUCCCUUCAUAUCUUUAAACGCUUUGCUGUGCAUCUCCCUAACCCAAUGACAAUCACGUGUUGUUGUGCAGUGACUAUACUUUUCAUAGUGUAUGGGUCUUUGUGCUACACAGUUUACUUGGAGGAGUUUGUUUUCACUAUUCUGUGUGUUCGGCUGAUCGACUGGCAGCGCAGCCCCUGGUGGCAAAGAGAAUUGACCUUUUUCCUUUUUUUUUGUAGUAUUUCCAACUUCUUCAUCAUUUUGGGUAAAUGAGAGGCAGUUGAUGCUUGCAGACCUAUUCACCAAGGUUAUACACACAUAUACACACACACACACGUGUGUGCGCGCAUGAGAGUGUCUGAGAAAGAAGCAAAAAAAAAGAAAUGACAAAUCAGACAUGAAGACAUACUCUCUGUAAAGCAGGGUUCCUUGAGGAUUUUUCCGUUGCCAUAAUUGAUCUUUGUUACUUUUCUUUCUGUAAAUUGUAAGUGUGCAAAAAAUUUACUAAUUUUUCUUUGUUUUUUUAUGCCACACUUGUUUCCUUUGUGUCUGUGUAGUCAUGUGUCCAAACUAAAAGCACAUAAUCGCUUUGUCCUUAACACCUUCACAUGGCCUCUCCUUUAUCUGUUGACCUUGGAUUAAUGCUAUGUCUAAUCAUGUGGCUCCUAUGAGACUGUUACCCUGCUUUAGAGAUCUGGGGUGACUGAGAGGGUUUUUUUUAGGUUUCAGGAAAUCCCAGGGUUCUGUAUCUUAAACUGAAAUAAAACAGAUAAGGGUCCUUGACCUAAAGCUGCACCUAUUCUUCUUUUUGAAUGGUUGGGUGAACUAGAACCCCUGAAAUUCUAUUUAUCUUCCCGCUCUGUUCUCCACAGCUCCACGAAGCAUCUUUGUACCCUUCUGCUCAUGUUUUGUUUUUUGGUCACAGUUUCACAUAGUGUUGCUUUCCUUUCUUUGCUCUCAUCUGUGUUGUGUGCAGCAGCAGGCGGACAAAGUCUGUGACUGCCUGGUGAAUGUGGGAGGCAGUUUAGCUAAACAGCCAAAUACUUCUGUUAUGAGUUGAAGACCUAGCAUGAGAAUAAAUAUUAGGCUGAUAUUGAUUAGAUGGACAGAAAUGCCACUUCAGAUUGCAGGUUCAGGUGCAAGGAUUUACUUCAGGUUUCUUUCGGUUUUCCCAUCAGCUUAUUUACAUCUUUGAACAGAUCACGUCGCGAAGCACACGCUGAUUCCACAUCUCGGGUUGAUUGUAUGGGUCACACUCAGGGCAUUAUACUAGAAAAACGAUAUGUAGCACGGUCAGUUAUGUUCCAAAGUUACACAAAGGGGGUCAGGCGAAACACACAAUUCACACACCAUUUGAAUAAUUACUGAAUUAUAUAAUCUACAGAAAUGUGCCCCUACACAGACUGACUCUAUGGUUCAGAUGGGAAAGGAGACACAUGAACCACAGACCUACGAAGCUUGACAUUUUGUUGAUUCUUAUGUUAGGGCACAGAUUCUUUUUGGUUACCUCUUGGUUCAUCAGUCACCUUUUUAUACUGAUCAUUCUUUUAAUCACUACUACCUAAAUCAGGGCAUAAGGCCUUGUGCGAAGGUUUGUGUAUGUGCGCAGCUCAUACAGGUACAAAAGUUCUUCAUAGAUCUCGGACUGUGACUGAACCCUGCGUAGAAAACAAAUCUUUUUAUAAUAAUCCCUGAUGUGUGUUUCCGUGUAUGAGUGAGAGAAAGAUAAAUGAGCAAAAUGACUGGUGAGCAGGUGUAUGUACAGAAAGAACCCAAUAAACACGGCUAUGAGCAUCCUCCCCCAA